AUGUCCGACGUUGGUCCCCCAACCGACCACAAUCAGACCUCUACCCCCGAAGAGACGCUCAAGUUACUCUAUGAUCUUGACGCACUGACACAGAUUCCAGAAGGGGAGUUCACCAAGGACAUUCCCCCACCACCGAUAGGGGAGUUUACGAAGCCAGCUAGUAAGUCGACCCCAACGCAAGAUGGGCAGCCUGGACCUUCGUCGGUACCGGCCGGCUCAGGAAACCAGGUUGAUGACGAGGAGGAGGAGGAGGAGGAGGAGGAGGAGGAGAGCGACGACGAAUACGAUGAGCGUCCUCCGCGUAGCACGAAUCCGCGCACCUUGGAAGAACGCCUCCGGCGGGAACAUGAAUACAUAGAUAACCUGCUCGAACAGGACGAGGAGGAGGACGAGCAAAACAUGGCGGUGCCACGCGAACAGUGGAGAGUGGCAGACUUCGUCGAGGACGACAUGGUUUACGCCUGCAUCGACGUGCUGGUCAUAGACGCCCUACACCACCUACAAACCUUGGAGAAGAAUAGCACGCUGAGGCUGUACACCUCGUUCAUCUACCACUACAUCCGGGACAACAAGAAGAAGAAUUGGGACAAAGUGGCCGAGGUCCCUCGGGAGUACAUCUGGCUGCACGGCCCUAAGGUAACCGAAACCCGGCUGCGCGCCUACGUGAAGUUCAUGAUACGUGAGUGUAAGCUCGAUGCCGAGUCGAUCGAGGAGGGGAACAAUGCCUCGCGAACCCAGCCUGUGCAAGGUACAACGGUGCACACGCUCCUCGGGCGCAUAAAGGCAUGCCAGAUGGCGGCGAGAGUGGAGGCGACGCUCUACCGGGAGAAGGAGCUGAGCAUCAUGCGGGAGAUCUUGGUGGUCAGAUCGGAGGUGCGGUUUAUGGUCCGCACCAAGAACGAGAGGGACAUAAACAUCCGCGAGAUCACGCUCCCCGACAUCUUCUUGUACCGACUAGCUAGCACCUCGUUGGUGAACCCAGAGAACCAGCCGAUCGUCAUGGUGAUCGCCGCACGGAACUCGAAGACUUCCAACGAUGCACGUCUUCAGCAAAGCUACGCGGCGCGACACUUGGAAGCGGAGUUGUGCGCCGUCGGCGAGACCGGCCUGUGGUUGCACUUCAUCCUCGACCAGAUCGGUCAGUUCAAUGGCGUCGACUCCCUUCCGCCGCUUGACACCACCGAACGCGAGCGCUGGUACAAGAAGCACCUCUUCUUCGCCCGCAACGACAAAGAGCAAAAAGAGCUCUCCGCCGCCAGCCACCAACAUUGGACACGACAAAUGUGGACGACCAACAAGGUGUUCUGCAAGCGGAACGUACACGCCGCUCGCGUCGGAGGUGCGCAGGAGCUAGCCAUCGAAGGGAUGCCUCGCGCCGAGAUCGCCGAGCUGGGUCACUGGGCACUCGACAAGAUGACGCGUGCUUACAUCACAGCCAUUCCCGUUGGGGUGGUGAUGAGGAAGGCCGGCUACUCGGGUUGCAAGCAAGACUACUUCUUGGGUCGCAGCAGGGUCGAGCCCUCCGACAAACUCUUGGACAUCAUCACCGAGCACAUCUUCCCCGACGUGGAUGCUCUGCUGCGCGAUGUAUAUUAG